UCUAUUCACCAAUAUAUACUCAAUGAACUUAUGAUCUUUCAAUAUAUGUCUCAAAUAUGGCUGUCCACUUGAUCUCUCCUAUCGCACGAACCCUAGCCCUAAUCUUCAUCUCUCUUCCCUCUCUCAUUAACACAUCCCAGUUGGAUUACGACACUCUAGUGUUCAGUCAAUGUGAUUCAUCAGACACAAACAUCCUCCAAAAAGUACCCACAAAAGAUCCAAGUUACUCGAAUCCUAAUCUCCUUCUUCGUGCGCAAGCUCUUUAUUCUUUCUUAAGCAAACUCGAAUCAGAAUCCUCUCGAGCGAAGUUCUUUAAGACUCUAGUUGGUAACGAGCAACACGCGGUCUCGGGAUGGUUCCAAUGCAGAGAAGAUUACCCGAGUGAGAUAUGCCAUAGAUGCGUUCGUGAGCUUCGUGAUAUUUCGUCUAGAUUGUGUGGAAAUGCCACGUCAGCUCGGGUUCAUCUCCGAGGAUGUCACAUGGUGUACGAAAUUGAACAUGUUGAUACCCCUACUUCUCAAGCUAAUCAUCAUAACUACAAGUUAUUGGAAACACCGGAACGAGGUCUCAUCCACAAGAUAUGUGACGGAGCUACGGCGGAGACGCUCGUCGGAUUCGAAGAGAUGAGAACGGUGGCACUCACAGCUGCCGAAACAGGAGUCGUUGACGGGCACGGGUUCUACGAGGAAAGCUACAAGCUCUUGCACGUUGUGGCUCAAUGCGACGGCCACGUUGAAGCCUGUGACUGCGGCGAGUGCGUCAGUGCGGCCGCGGCAGCAGCGGCAGAAGAGUGUCCGUGGUCCACUGCCAGUCAAAUAUACUUGGAAGGGUGUUACGUUGGGUAUACGUAUAACCCGCAUGAAUAUCCCGGUGAUUCAUACCACGAGGAAGGGGGAAAAACAAGCACGGGGAAGUCGUUGGCGAUAGUUGUAGGAGGAGUCGCGGCUUUGGUCUUUGUUGCUAUUUUCUUCUUGUUCCUCAAGAGCUUGCGUAGAAAAGGAGAUGGUACGUUUAAUCUAUUACUUUUCUUUUAUUUAAGUUUAUCUAUAAUAUAGAGUUUUACUCAUACAGCUGAAAAUUAGAAGUUUAACAAUAUAGGUAUAAAGAAUUUGUCCAAAAAAAACAAUAGGUAUGAAGAAAAGUUACAAAUGAUGACUGCUAGGAAUUAGCUACUAAUUACCUAUAGUAAGAGAUAAAUGAGUUGAGUAUGUUAGCAAAAAAAAAAAAAGAGUUGAGUAACUAAAAUAAUAUCGAUGGAAUAUUCAAAUUUGUAUUGCAGAUUGUUGAAUAGAAGGUCUACAUCGGAGAGACGUUGGGAAAAUUUUGCUGGUCCUUGUUUUUGUUAAAGCAACCAAAGAAUUUUGCUUCUUACCAUUUGCUUCACAAUGAAAGCUUUCAAAUUCGGUUGGGAAUAUUACACAAUAGUGAGAUGAUUAAUAAUGUGAAAUAUUUGUAUUUGAUUAAUAAUUUUCCGUAAAAGUUAUAUAUGUCACCUUAUAUAUAAAUCUUUCAACACUUAUAUAAAUUCUGAAAAACUUGUGGAAAGAUUAUGGCA